GUGUGUAUCACACAGUAUUGAUCAGUGCUGUUUUGUCAAGUAAGUUUUGAAAUUGUGAAGUGUGAGUUCUUCAACUUAAUUUUCUUUUUCAAGGUUUUUUUUUUUCUUCAUUGUGCUGAAAUCCUUGAAUUUCCAGUGAAUUUUCCAGAUGGUCAGGCCCCAGGUGAGCUUCCUGGGUUCCAAGUCUGUGGCCCAGGAAUAGCACGACCUCAUCUCCAGGGCUCUGGCCCAUUCAGAGUCUGCACCUGUGACUUCUCUUCCUAACUGCCUCCCUUGGACUUGGUCCCAUCCACUGAGUUCACGGACUGUUAUCUUACCCUGAACUUGUCCUUUUAUUAAUGUGUCCUCCCAGCUUCUUUCUGUCCCCCCACACCUUUGGCCACCAGGGUCUCAACCCUGUCUUGGUACGCUGUUGACUCUGCUCCUCAGGCUGCAAAUGUCCCUGAGCAGUAGAAGCUUGUCAUUACAGGAGGCUGCAGUUGGAGUUUCUGUCUGUGAACUAUACUCUGAAGAAGUGGAAAGGUACAGCACUCAGCUAGAGAGCCCUGUACUGGAACAUCAUGCUGGAAAACUGCUGCAGCCUGGCCCCAUUGGCAGGUGAAAACAGGAUGGCAAGUUCACAGUUGUCUCAGAAGCAGGACAUUUCUGAAGAGUCAAAGUCAGCUGACAGGACCUCAGGCAUACUUUGUGGACUUAUUCUUGGAGGACCAGAAGCUGGGGCUGCCUGUGAAGAAGCUUUAGAGAAACUAAAAGUUCAACCCUCAGAUGAAGAAGGAACCAGACUGGAAAGGGAUUUCUUAGAGAUAACACAGGAGGAUAAAAAGAAAUCUACAAAGGAUCAAUGUGAUGAGUAUAAGGAACUUGGGGAACAUCUAGAUCUGUCCUCCAGUCUCUCAGAACAUCAGGGAGUUCUGAAGGGACAGAAAUUAUAUCGAUGUGAUGAAUGUGGCAAAGUUUUUAAUUGGAGUUCACACCUCAUUGGGCAUCAGAGAAUCCACACUGGAGAGAAACCAUAUGAGUGUACUGAGUGUGGCAAGGCCUUUAGGCAGACCUCUCAACUCAUUGUCCACCUCAGAAUCCAUACAGGGGAAAAACCUUAUGAAUGCAGUGAUUGUGGAAAGACCUAUCGCCACAGCUCCCAUCUCAUUCAACACCAGAGACUUCAUACUGGGGAGAAACCAUAUAAAUGCAAUGAAUGCGGAAAAGCUUUCAAUGAAAGUUCCAAACUCUUUGACCACCAGAGAACUCAUACUGGGGAGAAACCAUAUGGAUGCAAUGAGUGUGGAGCACUCUUUAGUCGGAGUAAAAGCCUUAUCCGCCAUCAGGUACUUCACACUGGUAAGAAACCUUACAAGUGUGAUGAAUGUGGGAAAGCUUUCUGUUCUAACAGAAAUCUUAUUGACCAUCAGAGAAUCCACACUGGGGAGAAGCCUUAUGAGUGUAAUGAAUGUGGCAAGGCCUUCAGUCGGAGUAAAUGUCUUACUCGACAUCAGAGUCUCCACACUGGGAAAAAACCAUACAAGUGUAGCAAAUGUGUGAAAGCCUUCAAUCAGAUCUCUCAACUUGCUGACCAUGAGCGAAUUCAUACUGGAGAAAAACCUUUUGAAUGUAAUGUGUGUGGUAAGGCAUUCAGUCUGAGUAAAUGUCUCACUCGACAUCAGCGACUUCACACUGGUGAAAAGCCCUAUAAAUGCAAUGAUUGUGGAAAAUCCUUCAAUCAAAACUCGUACCUCAUUAUUCAUCAGCGAAUUCACACUGGUGAGAAACCUUAUGAGUGUAAUGAAUGUGGAAAGGUCUUCACUCAUAAUUCUAGCCUUAUGGUACAUCAGAGAACCCAUACUGGGGAGAAGCCCUAUAAAUGCAAAGAUUGUGAGAAAGCCUUUCGUGAUAGCUCACAACUCACCGUGCACCAAAGAGUUCAUACUGGAGAGAAACCCUAUGAAUGUAUUGAGUGUGGGAAAGCCUUUAGUCAGCGUUCUACUUUCAAUCACCACCAGCGAACUCACACUGGAAAGAAGCACUCAGGUCUGGCUCGGUCUGUUUCUUAAGACAUGAUUCUCUAAGACAGCAAGAAACUUUAGGUUAAGGUUUCUAUAUAAAUAUGUUCAUCCUGAUCUCUGCUUGGAACCACCUGUUCCAUGUGUACCAUCCCAGGACUUCCCUGGUGGUCCAGUGGUUAAUGCUCUGAGCUCCCAAAAUGGGGAGUAUGAAUUUUGAUUCCUGGUUUGGGAAUGAAGAUUCCACAUGCCACACAGCGUGGCUACCAUAAAGAAAAAAAAUUAGAAAAAAAAAUAUGGACCAUCUCCAAAUGCUCGCUGCUGGUCACAAAGGUGGGAGAGUUAGAGUUACAAUGCAAUCCUCCACCUCCUCUUGGGGAAAUAAGGACUACAUGUUUCAUGUGCUUAUAGGUUUCCUUUUUCUUUUUCUUUUUUUGGCCUCAUCAGGCAGCUUGCAGGAUCUUGGUUCCCCAACCAGGGAUAGAACCUGUGCCCUCAGAAAUGAAGGCAUGAAGUCCUGGACUGCUUAAACCACUGGACCACCAAGGAAUUCCCUUUCACUUCUUAAAAUAAUUAACAUCUGACUCAGUUAUGCAUGCCACAAUCACAUUCUCAAGGAUAGAGAUAUUUCCUUAUUCUAUUCCACCUCCUCCAUUUUACCAUUUAUAUAAGUGAUCCUCUAAGACUGAGUCAUUCUUCCUACCUCUUGAGUGUGGCCCUUUUAAAGCUUGCUUUAAUCUAGACCCUCACCACUUGUGUUCUCUACGAAGAAAAGCUUUUCUUCCUGUUUGCUAGUCUGUGUCCCUUGAACCUUUAAGAUCCAGAACUUUCUUUUUUUAAAGUGUUUUACUUUGGAAACUCCCAGGUUCCAGGGGAGACCUCAUAUGAGCACACAGGUCCAGCCCUCAACUCUAAUUUGAAUGUGGCUGGUCAUAUCUUAAGUAGAAACUCUUGUCUGUUGAAUGUUUUAAUUUAUUAUCUUCUGGUUCUGCUCAUACCCUACCACACUGAGUCUCUGCGAGGACAGAUUCAGCACUGCUCAUAACUCUGUGAGCUGAUCACCAGCAGCACCAGUAGGUUCUCAAUAGAAAUGAAUGUCCUCACUUCCUAGGAAAGCACUCAGGCUCUUGGUUGGAGGUAUAGGAGCUACAUUUGAAAGCUACAUCUCAAUUUCUAUUGGCUAUUGCUAGUAUUUUAAAAGUUAACUGAUUAAAAAAAUUUUUUUUACUUGGAUCCAGUUACCUCAUUUAAUUAAUUUUGGUUUGAAGAAUUUUUUAGUUUGAUUUCCUAUCUUUUCUAGGUAUACAAUAAAACAGUAAUGAUUAGUGUUCUCUUAAUUUCUAAUCUCUAUGCCACUUAUGUCGAACAUCAGCACAAAUAUUAAAAAAAAAAAAAAGUUGAACAGUGAAUAAAGCAUAAUAUUCCAUGUCUUGUUCCUAAUUUUCAGAAAGUUUUUUUUUUUUUUCCAGCAUGUCACAGUUGUAUAUGUGGCUCACCCUCAUUGUUUCUGAUAAAUACUGUGUUAAGGAAGUUUUGUUCUAUUCCUAUUUUUAGAUGCAGCAAUAUGUUACAGUGGUAAAGAGCACAGAUCUUUUGCCUGGAAACCUAGGUUGAAAUCCUGUCUACAUCACUUUCCUUAGGUCUGUAAUCUUGGGCAAGCCACUGGACCACCAGGGAAGUCCCUUCUACUAAGAACAUAAACUCCACCAUGAGUGCUCUUCCUUUUGUCUUCCAUGUGUCAAAUGGAGCUACCUCAUAGGGCCUUGAGGAUAAAAUUCAUUUAUAAGUGUAAGGCACUUGAAACAGUACUUGACAUAUAGAGUACACAUACUGUAGGCAGUUAUCAUACUUAAGUUAUUAGGAAUGGAUGCUAAGUUCUAUCAAAAACUUUAAAAAUCUGUUGGUAAAAUUUCAUAGGUCUUAUCCUUUACUCUUUUUGUAUCGAUUUUGUUGGCGGGUUUCCAAAUAAUUGAAAUUGUCUUGCGUUCCUGGAAUAAAAUCUGUUUUCUCCUG